AUGUGGCGUCUAGUCCGGGAUAACCAUCUAGACACAAUAAUUGUAGAUGCAUACUUAAAUCUGCUAAGAAAGACGUCCCUCUGCGAGGAAGUUGCAAAAGUCCGUCCCUUAGAGUCCACCAUCAAUAUCAUAUCGGAGGAAGGCCGUGAUCGGCCAACUAUCAUUCCAUUUUAUGAUGUUGAAAACUGGGCCUUUGUCAUCGCGUACCCGGACUGUAUUCACUGGUACGACAGUAACCCAAACAACCCAACCCCUCAAUUCUCUGUGGAGGACUCCAGGCCGGUAGUUACAACUCCGUCCGGGCCAAAACUUUCGCGGCCUGAGGAUUCGGGCGUACUAAUGUUAAUAAGCAUUCGGGUUCUCCUUCAAAAAGAGGCACAUCUGAGUCAAAAAAUGACAGAUCAGCUGGUUAAAACAUUUCGGACUCGAAUGGUGGUCGAGCUCCUUUCUGGGGCCAUAGAUCAUUCAGAGUCAGAUGAUCCUGCAAGCCAAGGUCAAGACUCGGACCCAGCUCCGACCAACACAGAUUCAGAUCCAACUCCAAGGCGAAGGCAGAUGCGGAUAGAGUCUGAUGAUCGUAAGAUUAUCCUUACAUCUCUGAGUGAUGCUGUCAUUGCUAAGAGAUCUGCAACAUAUUUUGGGGAAAUUGGGUUACAAAGUCUAUGGUUCCUGCUUCAACGGGGUCGGAGGAAGAAUACAUUCCCUUGGAGAUAUCACGCAGUACGCUUUUAUGAGGCAAAAGAGCAGCUGGGUAGCGAAUCAUUCAUCUUCAGCAGCAUGCGCUUCAGGAUCAAAGAGAAGACCAAAGGCAUGGAAUGGCUUCAGGAUGAGGGUGAGUUCUGGAAGGACCUGUGCGAGCUACUAAUCGAUUGGGGUGAGGACAAAUACAUCAUCUUAUGCGUUGUUCCAUCCCACGUUAAUGUAAAAAGAAUGUCAGCAGAUGAGAAAAAAGGUUUUAUCGAAGGCUUCCAGAGCCGUCUGGUAGACAACAGCGAUCUGUUGCGUUCGUAUCUGACCUUAGCUGUACCACUGUACAGAUGUUUGGCCUAUAACAAUCUUCCUGGACCUUCACUGAUGAUUGAGUCUUACAAUCGGCGCAGGAAGAUGAAAGAAAAUACAUAUAGAGAACAUUUAAAUGUGGACCCCAGCGAAAACUAA